AUGGUUCAUGUUCAAUUAUACGGGCCCGUUGGUGAUUUAGAAUCCGACAUCAUAUCAGUCAACCUCGCUGGGAUACAAGUCGUCAUCCUGGGAUCGAUGAAGCGGGCAACCGACCUCCAUGAGAAGCGAUCCGCUCUGUAUGCAAACCGACCGCAUAUGACUGCAUUGGUAGAAAUCAUGAACUUCGAGGACUGCAUCUUCGCAUUUCAUCAAUAUGGCCCCCAGUGGAGGCAACACCGAAAGCUAUUUAACGAUCACUUCCAAGCACAUGUCAUCCCGAAGUACCAUCCAUCCAUGGUUCGUGAAGCCCAUAUCUUAGCGCAGCAAGUACUCCGAGCGCCCGAGAAGAUCCUGAAACAUCUUCGACAACCACUCUCACCCAGCGUGUACCCAGCUAUACUAAUGGACAUCACGUACGGGGUCCGCAUAGCGCCUGAUGAUGACUAUUUCGUUUCUUUGGCGGAGGAAGCGAUGUCCGGCCUCAACAUAUCUACUAUCAAUGGGACCUCGUUCCUUGAUAUAUUCUCUGUCCUGAAGUACAUACCGAGUUGGAUGCCUGGGGCUGGGUUCAAACGUGCCGCGGAGCACGCGCGGAAUGUAAACAUAGCUGCUGCCAUGGAACCAUGGGAAGCAGCGAAAAAAGUGUUAUCCCCCGACUCAGUCAUCGCUAAACUCUUAGACCAGACGGGCGAUGAUGUGCUCUCCCGCAACACUGCGGCCGCUGCGUACCUAGCCGGCUCCGAUACUUCUGUCUCUACCGCCCACACUCUUGUACUCGCCCUCGCUAUGCACCCGGAAGUGCAAAGAAAGGCACAGUCCGAGUUGGACGAGGUAGUCGGGGUCAAUCGUCUGCCAACGUUUGAGGACAGAGAUCAACUUCCUUAUCUCAGCGCGAUACUCAAAGAGGCAGCAAGAUGGCAGACUGUGGCACCCUUUGGCAAUUCUCGCAGAAGUAUUGCAGACGAUGUGUGUAUCAAAGGUUUGACGGGCGGACUGAAGGGAACAAUUGUCUCAAUUAAUAUGUGGUCGAUCCAUCACGAUCCGGAAAACUUUCCCAACCCGUUUGCAUUCGAUCCCGAUCGUUUCAUGAAAGACGGGAAGCUCAACCCAGAUGUCCUUGAUCCCACCAUUGUGGGUUUUGGACUUGGUAGGCGAGUGUGUCCCGGUAGAUUCUUCAGCAAUGAUGGCCUCUAUAUAACCUUCGCAAUCUUACUAUCUCUGUUCGAUUUUGCUCCACCUCUGGAUGCGGAUGGAAGGCCUAUUGUUUUGAAGGCUGAAAUGACUACAGGCAUAAUUUCACAAUGCACGCCCUAUAAGUGCAGAAUCACCCCUCGGUCAGCCAAAGUGGAAAAGCUACUCUCUGAUCUGGAUGUGUAG